AUGUUUGUCAAAACUUCACCGUUUCGUCACUCCAUUGCAAGACACAAGUCGUCAUCGUUAAAGAAACACUUUCAAAAGGUGAAAGGAGAUCCCUUCAACGAAAAGAAGCGAGGAGAGUUUUAUAGAUCAAGGGCUGCUUUUAAAUUAUUGGAGAUUGAUGAAAAGUAUCACCUUUUCAACAAAAACUGUCACAAUAUAGUCGACUUGGGAUUUGCUCCCGGAGCAUGGAGCCAGGUUGCUGUUGAAAACUUAGGGGACAGAGAAUUUACAAUAUUGGGAAUUGAUAUCAAUCAUGCUACUCCGUACAAAGGCUGUCACUACAUACAAGGGGACGUGACAAAGACUUACACUCACAGCAAGAUUAGAGAAUUUUUCACAAAUGACGAUGGCCUGAUUCAACCACUUGACCUAAUAAUGAGCGACAUGAUGAUUAAUUGCACUGGACACGAUCAUUAUGAUCACCUUGGAAAUAUGGAGCUAUGCAAUGCUGGGUUGAUACUUGCAUUUAACCAAUUACGAGUAGGUGGUAAUAUGGUGAUGAAGGUGUGGCAAGGGUCAGAGUUGAUGUUACUAGAAGCUAGAAUGAAAGUACUAUUCUCAAAACAGUUUGCGUUUAAACCCAAAUCUAGUCGAUCAGAGUCGAGUGAAUUAUACUUUGUUGGUCUUGGCAGGAGAGAUUUGGAAUACAAAGUGCUACUAUCAGAUCUAUUUAGUGAUCUAGAAGACGUUAAAAAGCUACAAAUGCAAGUGAGAUGA